AUGGCUCCGCCGCCGCCACCAAAGACGGCGUCAAGGAUCGCUCGGCCAGCCGCACGGUAUCGGCCCGGCAAAGCUCCUCUAGGAGCAGGGGCAUCGCUCGACGACUACUCGGACUCGGACGACGGCGAAGUGCGCGAAGACGAUCACGAUGCGCAUCAGGUCGGCGUGACAGACCUCUCACCCGGAGCCGCCGCACUCAGCCAGCAGAGGCGGGCAGCAGGAAUCGUGAUCAGCGAGGCUGGUCCGAGUAGCAAGAAGCUUGACUUGCGGCUGCACUCGAACACCGGGGCGGAACAGCAAGGCGAGUCGUCCGAGUACGAGACGGAUACGGACGAGGAGCCUCCCUCCAAGCCGGUGUUUCGCAAACCCGGUGCGGCGACCGUGACCGCUCAGCAAUCUACCGCGGUGGAAGACUCGUCAGAGUACGAAACCGACUCGUCCGAGGAAGAGGAGUCAGCACCACAACCGCUGCUCAAGCCGAUCUUCGUGCCUAAACGAGCGCGCACCACCACCCAACCCGAUCCUGCCCCAUCUCAAGCGUCAGUCGAGCAUGCUGCUGAAGCACUUGCCGCGCAACGUCGGCAGGAAGCACACGACCUAGCAGCGUCCACCAUCAAACGCUCUCUCGCCGAAGCGGAGCACGCCGACACCCUCCGCACUGACGUCGACGACACGGACGGUCUCGACCCUUCUGCCGAGUUCGAAGCUUGGCGUCAACGAGAGCUCUCCCGUCUACAUCGCGAUCGCGACGCCCUCCUCACCCUCCAAGCGGAACAAGCCGAGAUCGAAGCCUUCAAAUCCCUCCCCGAAGCGGAGAAAGAACGGUUGGGUCGCGAACGGGCCGCCCAGCUCCAAGCCGAGAAGAGAGAGCAGAAAGGUAACCCUGCUUUCCUGCAAAAGUACUACCACAAAGGUUCGUUCUUCCAAGACAUGGAUAUUCUCAAAAGAGACUAUACGGAGAAGACGAGUAAGGAUGUGGAUGUGAGUCAGUUGCCCAAGAUGAUGCAGGUGAGGGGGUACGGCGUGAAGGGGAGGAGCAAGUGGACGCAUUUGGCGAAUGAGGAUACGAGUAAGGGGGCGAUGCGGAUGGAUGUGCGGGCGGGUGGGGGGACAGGGUGUUUCAGGUGCGGUGGACCGCAUUCGAAGAAGGAUUGUCCCGAGGCGAGUGGUGCAAAUAGGGCUCAGUCAGCGUCACCGCCACGACCGGAAUCGCGAUCGCGAAAGCGACCGUCACCAUAG